UUGUGAUUCCUUGUUAAUUGCAUUAUGUGGUUGGCUCCAUUUCCAUUGGUUUAUGCUUGUUCGCAACGUUCAUUCUGUCUAAAAUUACCUCGAGCUGCGCUGUUGACUUUCUGCGUGGAUUGUACGCUUGUAUCGGUUAGUCCCUCGUCCAUCAGGACACACGCUUCUUCUCUUAGUCUAAUACCACAACAAACCUUGGCUCAAGUGCACACCAAUGUAGUCCUUACGGGUACGCGCUUCCACGCCUGCGCUUUUGGAACCUGUUGACGCCUGAUUGGUCACCUGCACACUCAAUGGAUGUUUGCUGACUGUACUUGCAGAGCUCGAUGUGACCGUGCGCCGACCAUUCGCUGCUCGGCUGACCACUCUGGUUCCGAUGACAUGCUCACUUUCCAUCGGGCUGGGUUACACCUGUCUGGUAUUUCGCCAGAUACCGGGUGGCGUUCGAUUGGCCAUUUGCCUACCGGUACCGUAGCAUUUCCACUCACCAGCAGUUUCAGCCCCCAUCACACUUAUGUUCACACAUCGGAGAUGAUUUUAAGAUGAGUUUUACCCCUCUUUGUGAUCUGGCCCUUAUGAAUGCAAUUUGCU